AUGAUGUGCCAUGGGUCUGAGGGCACUGGGCAACACAACACCACAAUCGCGACUGUCGCAACGUGCACGGGUAAUUGGACGGUGGAUGGCGGCGGCUACAAUCCCUAUGAAGCCGCAAGCGGGCGGGCCGCCUGCAGCGGUGCCUUCUUCCAGAAAACGUUGGCCUCCAUGCGCGUGGACGAGCAGCCCAUGCUCCUGGCCACCCAAUACAGCUGCAUGCUGAACUUCAACUAUGAGUCCACCGUCGCCGGUGAAGCAAAGAACACGUCCACCAUGUGCCAGCACGUGGAGAGCGUCACCGCCGCAGUGAAUGUCGGCACAGUUGACGGCGACCUCACAGAGGAGCGCAUGGAAUCCAUGCUGGAGGAUGUCCUGCCCGACGGCGACUCAAGCGGGCCUCCCGAAUCGUCGGAUCGCCAAGGCGUCGACGACCGUCAAUGGCCCCUUGACCAGGGGGGCAUAAACAUCACGUGCAACGGGGCCCAUGCGUCCAUGCUGGCUCCCUGUCACGGCACGCUGCAAUUGGCGCUGGAGGGAUCCGAUUUCAACGCGACGGAAACGUGCCAGGGCUGGUGGAUUCCCGUGCUCGUCCCCAGAGUCACGCUCGCUUGCGCCGGCCAAUUUGACGCGGGCGUGAGCAGCAAGGCCGGAGGGGAACUGGUGGAGGCGGUGAGCAUCUGCACGGGACACCACGUCCUGGUGAACAGCGCCACGUUUGUCCGCGAUACGGACUCCAAGGAAUCUCGAGAUGUGUGCGUCGGGAGCUCGAGAAAGUGGCAUGUGACCAAGUCGCUGCCCCAUUGGGAUGAUGCUACCGUGGCUUCCACCUAG